UUUCCCGGGCUAAGGGGGCGGGGCCAGGCUGCGAUCGGGGAUUCCUCGCUGAGCGGCUCGAGCGUUGAGUAGGCGGAGAUUGUGGGUCGGCGUCAGGCUGCGAGGAAGGUGGAGCCCGCGGGGAAAGCGAUUCCCCUCUUCUCCCUCCCCCAUGUCAACAAGCGGGGCGCCUGCGCCGGGGGUUUGCGCGUCUUUUCCUCUCAUGCGCGGUAUUUGCUUCCCGGCCAGGGCCCGGGGUUUGGCCUAGGGCCGGCUGGUGCGGCAGCGGCAGCAGCACAAUAAGCGGGCUCAGCCGCCGCCGCCUCCUCGCUCUUCUCCGGGCCCCCGCUGGACGCGCAGGAUGGCCGAAGACUCGCCCAAGCGGCGCAAGGCCAAUUUCAACGAGGCAGAGACGGAGGUGCUGAUCGAGCAGGUGCUGAAGCACGAGCAGGUGCUGUUCGCCGCCGGGCCUGGCCGGGCCUCCCCGGGCCAGAAGCGCAAAGUCUGGGAGCUGAUCCGGCACAAGGUGAACCCGGUGGCCGCCUGUCCCCGCGAGGUGGAGGACCUCAAGAAGCGCUGGCGGGACCUGAAGCGUCGCGACCGGAGCAAGCUCUGCCGCAUCACCACCCAAGGCCCCGGCGGGCCCCUGCCCCACCCGGCCUCGCUCGGCCUCCUCCUGCCCCCCGAGGACGUCUCGCCGCCCGACCACCUCCGAUCCUACGGCUCCGGCCUGCCCGCUCCCAACGAGGCUGUGCCCAUCGUCGGAGGCAUCGACACGCUGGACUUGCCGGGAGCUUCCGUGACGGACGUCGGUUUUACAGAAGAUCCUGGUCCAUCCCACCAACCGUGUCUAGAGAAGAUAAAUCUAAAAGAAGAGAUAGUGGUGAAGGUAGUGGAGCCAGAAGAAAGCUCAGAGGACAUGGCCGUGGUUCCUCCUAGCCAGGACCAGCUUCCUUUUUUGGGGAUUCCAAAUGGAGGCCCUUGUGGGAAAGUAAAAGCCAAAACAAAGACUCAGCCCCAGCCAGAUCCAAAUGAAGUUACAGAGGAGGAUCUAUUACAGAUCCAGCAGAACCAGCUGCAUGUCAUCCAGUCUGGCUUUGACAGUAUCAACCACAAUCUUCGGCUGCUGCAGCAAGGCAUGCAAGAUCUGAACAACAGCCUUAGCAUCAUGGCACAUACAUUAGUGGCGAUCAAAAAUGUCUAUGUGAAAAAUAAUGCUGGCCCAACCACAUUUUCUACUGUAGCUACUCAAACCACAGCAGGGUACCUGAGUCCCGGGUCCCCGUUGGUUGAGGACAGAGCCAGAGUACCAGUGGCGGGAAAUAGUAGCAGAAGUAGCAGCUGCAGUUCCAGCUCCAUGUCUCAAGAGCCAGGCCCAUCAGAAUUUCCGAGGCCCCCACAUAGACCCAUUAAGAAGGAGCAUCCAAAUGGCUGCUACUAUUUCUGUUUUGCAGAUGUGUGAGACUUCAAUACCCAAAGAAACCUGUGGUGAUUAAGAGAGGCUGUUUUGUAUUCUUCUCCAGUUAAUGAAGGAACAGACAUGUCUGGCUGUUCUCUAGAAUGCUGAACACUCAAGAUCUCCACUCCUAUUGAAGACAUGUCAUGUGUAGGAGGCGUAACACAAGCUACAACUUUUAGAGCCUAGUCCUGUGCACGUUUACUGAGAAGUAAGUCCCACUGAGUUCAGCACGACAAUCCCAAA